CGGACGCAUUUCAUUGUUUCUGGGCCCGCUCUCUGCAUGCGGCCCCGAACGCUUCGCCUGUGGAUCCUACAUUUGAUCGAUUUGACCUACGGUGCAGUCUAAGGUUGUUGGGGGCGGAUACACGUGCAAGCAGCACCGAGGGUGUGGCGCACUAGUUCGCUUUUAAUACUGUGCUCUGUCGCUCUCUUCUGGACGCCUUGCAACAGGGCCAUCGACGUGUAUUACAGCUGGGAUGCGCAAAAGGGCCAUAAUAUCACUGCUACGAGUGCGAAGUAACACCCUUUUAUAACUUAAAUAGACAUUCCCGCUCGGCCGCCGGAUCUAGUAGCGCGGAGCGCCGCUGUGCAGUCUACUCGAUACCGUUGAACGCGACAUUCAGCACGUAGUGUAGUUCGAGCAGCCGAGUGCCGAGUGUAUGCCGUUUGACGUUCACUCAUCAGGGCAGGCAAUCACCAAACUCUACCCACUGUCAACAAUAGUGAUGUAAAUCUUAAGUGCCGCAGAAUAUUACAACCGAAGUGCAAAUGGAGGUCGCCGCACCUUCUGUUAUCAACCAGGAAGCCGUCUCAACAAACUACGCCCGCAGUGUCACCCUUCAGUACCAGGCUUGAACACCGAAAAAAGAAUCGAUAUGUGUCGGCACUACUGGCCCCGAGAAAGAGUGAAAAGUCAUGGAUGAUGAGAAAAAGAAAAAAUAUGAGAAGAAUCGAGAGGUCGACAACAAGGAGGCUCGAAGGAGGCGGUGGGCGGAGGAGGAGAUUCCCAGCGCCAUGACGCAAGUGCUCAUUCUACCCCGAUUGCUCGAAGGUUCGUCGUGUAAAGACUCCAUAAGGAUCGAAGAUGUUUUGCAAACAAUCAAGGAGGUUUGGGUGGAGAAGAGACCAGUAAGAGUGCAGAGCAGGGCAACUUGGAAUGGCGUCUGUUGACGGUGUUGCCGAGGACGUGUGGAAGUUGCAUGUUGAGCAGCCGGGCUCGGACUUGCGGAGACGUCACAUCCGACACUUAGAACUGUGGCCGUCGACCCCUGUUGCAGCGCGCGAGAUACAAGACUGCG